AUGAAACUCUUCACGGAUCUUAUCACACUACUUCUGCUACUAUGGGACCGGGUUGUGGUUGCAGGAUACGGAGGUGAAGACCAACCGCGGCGUGAGUUCUUUUACGUCGGCGGCGAGUAUGCGAAUUUGACGCUUGGAAACACCACCGCUCAAUUUAUGAUCAACCAAAUCUACGUCGAGAAGCUCACUCCACCAAUCGUCACCCAGGAGCAUCCCAUUGUUUUCAUCCACGGAUCCGGACAGACAGCAACCAAUUUCCUCGAAACGCCAGAUGGCAGACCAGGCUGGGCUUCCUUCUUUCUAUCACACGGCUAUGUUGUUUAUCUCAGUGAUCAGCCUGCGCGCGGACGCUCCCCGUGGCACCCAUCUAUUGGAACGAUGAUUACACUCAGCACUAGCGACAUCGAGAAAGCUUUCACAGCAACCUCGUCGCACGGGCUUUGGCCCCAGUCACGACUACAUACACAAUGGCCCGGGACAGGAACAGUUGGUGAUCCGAUCUUUGAUGCAUUAUACGCUUCGCAAGUCCAGCUUCAGGCCGACGAAUUACUAUCCGAAGCGCAGAAUGCCAAAGCGUACACAGCUCUAUUGGAUAAGAUCGGUCCGGCCUAUAUCAUCACGCAUAGCCAAUCGGGCCCAUACGGCUGGCGAGUUGGCGAUCUUCGUUCUCACCUCGUUAAAAGUAUCGUUGCCCUUGAGCCUGGAGGUCCCCCGUUUAUCGGAAGGCUUCCUUAUAUAGGACCACGUCGAACCUGGGGUAUUACCUAUCACGAGAUUACUUAUGAGCCAUCCGCGGGACCCAACGCAACGCAUCUCGAGACAGUCACGAUCCCUGCCAAAGACGAAGAUCGUAUAGAGUGUAUCAUGCAGGUAGAGCCCGCGAAGAAGCUAAGAAACCUAGCGCAGGUACCGGUUCUGGUUAUAACUGGGGAGGCGAGCUAUCAUGCACCGUAUGAUUAUUGUACUGUGGAGUACUUGAGACAGGCUGGUGUGGAGGUAGAGUAUGCUGAUUUAGGUCAGGAGGGUAUACAUGGAAACGGGCACAUGCUCUUCAUGGAGAAGAACAACCUUGUUAUUGCUGAAAGGGUGCUGCGGUGGUUGGGGAGUGUACACCGCUAG